UACAUCAAACUCACAAACGUAAAAUCUAAAGUUGUAUCUGUUAAUUUUUCUAAUAAUACGGUCUUUAUUCUACAAUUUGUUAUUCAUUUUAUUUUUUAAGUAAAUAAUGUUUCCGUAUUUGAAAAAUUUCAUUUGUUUAUUCAUUUUAUUAAAUACUGUUUCGAAUGUUUUAUCAAUAAAAUGUUGGAACUGCAGAUCAAAUAAUGAUCCAAAAUGUGCAGAUCCUUUCGAUAACAGUACUGUUCCCAUAACUGAUUGUGUACAAGAAAAAGGAUUGUCACAUUUACCAGGCUUACGACCAAGCAUGUGCCGAAAAAUAAGACAAAAAGUAAACGGAGAAUGGCGUUAUUUCAGAGACUGUGCUUAUUUGGGUGAAGUUGGAAUACAAGGAGAUGAAAGGUUUUGUUUAAUGAGGACAGGAACCUAUAAUAUAUUUCUAGAAUACUGUACUUGCAACAGUAAAGAUGGAUGUAAUUCAUCAUCAUUGAUAAAUCCUUUGCCAUUAUUAACUUUCAUGUCAUUGGUACUUAUUUAUUUUAAAAGUUCAUGAUUUUAAUUAAUUUUGAUCACAGAUUCACAUUACAUUUUUAUAAUCUGUUAUGAAAUGAAUUAACAAUAAUAAUGAAAUUGUUAAAUUAUCCGUGACAUAAAAAUCUUUAUUAGCCAUUUUUAUUUGUUUUGUCUAUCCUUAGUCUAGUUGAUUAUCCAAAGCAAUAUGAUUUUUCAACUACUUCCUCUUUUUAAAAUGUGAAUCUCAUUUUUAUAUUAUUAUACUUUUUUAUUGUUAUAUUUCAGUAAGAAUCAUAUUUUAAUUGAUAAUAAUUAGCUACACACAAAUUAGAUUAACUGAUAAUUAAGACAUGUUGAGAUUGUUCUGAAAAUUAAUCAUUGCCUCAACCAUUGCCUUAAUUAUUAGCAUAGAGUUAUAUAAUAAGAAAGUGUUAUAUUUCAAUAAUACACAUACAAUAAUGAAAACUUAUUGAUGUAAACAUCUUUUACAUUUAAUAAAUAUAUUUAUUAAUUACAUUUCAUUAUUAAAUGGUUAAUAAAUAAGUGAAAAUCAUUUGACCAGCUUACAUGCACUCUCUCAAACUUAGAUUAUAAUAUUUUUCACUCUUAUUAUUUUGAAUAGCAAUACAAAUAUAAUAUACCUGACAUUUGGUAUAAAUUAAAUAAGGUAUAUCAUUCGAAAAUGUUCAAUAUUUUUGAAGCACAAUUAACAUUUUUUUACUAGUGAAGCAUUUCAAUAUGUAAUAUCUCUCAAAAGGUUCCUCACUUUUAACGAAACGCACGGAAGGAAAUUAAAUUUUGACUUGUUAACUUUGACUUUUUAUAAUAUAUCAUGUUAAGCUAUAAAAUUCUCAUAUUACUUCCUAAUAUUUUUUGUUUGUAAAUUAAGUAUUAGAGCUUGUAAACAAUUAUGUAUGUAUUAUAUAUAGAAAUAAUUAAGACUGAAUGUUCCGUCCAUUGUAAUAAAUAGAUUUAUAUUUUACACCUUUUGUAUCUAUUAUUAAAUAUACCAUUUGUGACAAUUUGUUU